GCCGUCCUGGAGAGUAAAUGGCCAUCCAGUAACCAGGGGGGGCGACUGCGAUGGGCUAAGCUUCGAAAUGUGGUUCUGGCCCUGGCUCAGUUCCGGCGGCCCCUGAGAGAGAGGCAGCUGCUGCAGUCUGGGCCCCGGAGCCUGCUGGAACGAUCCCAGGAGGAGUCUUUGCGGCGUGCACCGAAGACCCAACUCCAGCGGCACACCACCUGGGCCGGGAGGAGUACCAGCAUCGAGAGCUGGCACGGUCUGGGCUCUCCCCUAGUCAAGAGCAGGAGCACCAGCUGCACCCGUUCUGGGGCGGGUGCCCGGCGGGACGAGAGAGCCCCUGAAUGCCAGAGCCGGGCAUCGUCUGCGGAGCGCCCAGCCCGGAGGGGGCUGCUGCGAGGCCUACCCCGCACUGCCAGGCCUGCCCCUUCGCCAGCGCCCGCCUGCCUGUGCCUCCAGCCGGAUGCUCCGGCCCAGGGCGACCUCCAACCCAGCAGGUCCUCGGAGGCACUGGAUCCACGGCGCAGUCCGAAGGGCUCCCGGAGGUGGGGGCUGAGGGAUUCCGGACGCGAUCGGAGACACAGGGCCGGCCACAAGAAGCUCGACGAGAACUGCAACAACGUGUCGGCCUUGCCCCGCGGUCUCUCGGAGAAAUUCCACAGCCUGCUGACCUCGGCAUCGAACAGGCGGCCGGUCUCCCAGCCCAGCCUUGGCUCAGAGCACGGGGGCUCAUCUGCUUCUGACCUCACAACCUCGUCCGAGAACCUGGGCCAGCCACUAGCUCGGGACAGCGACGGCGAGGUGAGUGAGAAACUAGAGCAGGCCGAAGCACUUCAUGGGGAACACAAGCAAGCAAACAAAUAG